UCGAAAAUGGCGAUAGGUAUAGUUUUGAAGAAAUUGGUGAGAGCGUGUGGGAACCAAUGUAUAGAAACGUAAAGUAUGAUUUACUUGUUGUGAUUGAAAGUGGCAUUGGAAACCUCGUAAAAGGAAAUAAAGUGAAAAAAGUUAUCAAAGUUGUAGUAAAGUUUUCGGUUAUACUGAAGAACUGCUGGUAACAACCUAAUGGUGGGAAGAUGGAACAACUGGUACUAAAUUCGAAAAUGGCGAUAGAUGUCAUUCCUGGUUCAACUGUGAAACUUUACCGUAAAGGAAAGAGAGUGAAAAAGUUUGAAGUUGCUGUCUCCAAUGAUACUGUCACCAUCACAUUUAAAAAACAUAAACUGAGUGACAGUGGAAUUUACCAUCUUGCUCUAUGUCACAACAGCAACGAAGACAGCGUGUUAUUGAACUUGUCUUUCCACAGAUUCAUCAAAAAGAAGAUCGAUUUCUAUUCACAUUUGCCCAAACCAAAAGGUGAAAAAUAUUGGAACUUUUUCGAGAACAAGGGCAAAUUUUAUGAAUAUCAGAAAAGAUUCAACCUUUAGGUUGAAAAUGAGGACAUGCCAA